UUGUCAUUUCUUACGGCACAAUAAUAUUCCAUCACCAUCAUAUACCACAGCUUGUUCAGUUAUUCCCCAAUUGAUGGGCAUUUCUUUGAUGUCCAAUUCUUAGCCACCACAUAAAGGGUUCCUAUAAAUAAGUUUGUACAAAUAGGCCUUUUUCUCUUUUUGGGGAUGUCAUCAAGAUAUAAACCUAGCAGUGGUAUUGCUAGAUCGAAGGGCAUGUACAGUUUUAUAGCCCUUGUGUCAUAGUUCUAAAUUAAGCAUAAUUUUCAAGAACGCUCCAGUGUGUUUAUUAAAUAAGAUGAUGACAGUAACACAGCUACAAAGAUGACAAAAUAUUUUCAGUCCAAGCAAAAAAAAAAAAAAAGGAAAGGGGGAGGGUCGAGAAAAUGAUAGGGGCAAAACCGUUUGAAUCCCAAGAUCUAGGUCUCAUGCUUCCUCUCUUUCCAAGAGCAGUCUAUACCCAGAGGGAGCUGCUACCCUCCCCCUUUCUUCCUGCUGGUUUGGAUCCGACCUUUACAAUUCACCAAACUUGCUGCAGGGCAGAGAGGCAGGCUGUGAGCUCUCUCUCGGACUUGUACAUUUUCUCUUAAUUGAUUUUCCUGAGCGGCCGGAGAGGCCCAGCCCCCUCCUCUAGCCUACAGCGUGGCUUAGGCCUCGGAAAGGGGGAGGGGGUCCUUUCCAGGGAGGGGAGGGGGCUGCCCUGCCCCCUGCAUUACGUGGACUCUGCAGAGUCGCCCCUCCGCGGUUGCACGUGUGGUGCGCUUGGGUUGGCGAGGAUUUUUUUUCUUCCCUCCUUCCCAGGGCCGGGGGAGGAGGCGACCGCCUCUCUGCGAACUGGCCGCAGCCAGAGAGGAGGAGGUGAUUAAAUAUGCUGAUAUUCACCUAGCUGAAGAUUAACUCGGGACGCGAGUGCCCGGGCUGUCACAUGCGGCCGCCCAUUUACAUUCAGGGACCAGCCGCAGCAGAGGCAGAGGCAGAGGCAGCAGCAGCAGCAGCAACAGCCCUCAAUAGAAUGGUCCAAAGCUUUUCCUGAUUGGUCUGGAAGCCCACGGGAAAGCCCUGCGUUUGCCGCAACGAUAGUAGAGGAAGGAGCAUUUGGGUGGAAACAGAUGGAAAUAAGAAAAUCCACGGGGUAAACAAAACGAAGAUUUAUCAUGAGAGUGCUCGGGGAGUUGCUCUUUUCUCAUUCGCUGCCUUGUCUUUGGAUUUAAGAUCAUGUCCAUUCACAUUGUUGCAUUAGGAAAUGAAGGAGAUGGAUUUCCCGAGGACAAUCGUCAGUCAGGUCUGAUCUGGACUUAUCUAGGGAGAAGUGCUCUCGUUUCAGAGACAGAAAGCAGCUUGUUGCUGAACUCUGAUGCCAGCUCGAUCGCAUAUCCUGUAUUUACUGAAUAUCAAGCCUGUGUGUUUGGAAAUGUCAGACUGGUGGUACAUGAUUGUCCCGUCUGGGGCAUUUUCGACAGUGAUUGGUAUACCUCUCGAAAUCUUAUUGUUGGGGCCGACAUCAUUGUAAUAAAAUACUCUGUAAAUGACAAGCCUUCAUUUCAAGAAGUAAAGGAUAGUUAUAUUCCAGUGAUAAAAAGAACAUUAAACCAUUGUUCAGUCCCCGUAAUAAUAUCUGCUAUUGGUAUCAGGCAAAAUGAAGAAUUGCCCUGUACUUGCCCACUGUGUACCUCAGAUAGAGGAAACUGUGUCACUUCUUCUGAAGGGAUCCAACUUGCAAAAGAACUAGGGGCCACCUACCUUGAACUACACAGCCUCAAUGACUUCUAUGUUGGGAAAUACUUUGGGGGUGUGUUGGAGUAUUUUAUGAUUCAAACCUUGAAUCAAAAGUCAUCUGAAAAAAUGAAGAAAAGAAAAAAAAGCGGCAAGUGUCAUGGAAUUAGGCCACCUCAGCUUGAACAACCAGAAAAAAUGCCUGUCUUAAAGGGUGAAGCAUCACACUAUAACUCUGACCUACAUAACCUUUUGUUCUGCUGCCAGUGUGUGGAUGUGAUAUUUUAUACUGAAGAUUUAAAGGAAGUUGUAGAAGCUCACAAGAUAGUCCUUUGUUCUGUGAGCAAUGUCUUCAUGCUGCUGUUCAAUGUGAAGAGUCCCGCGGAUAUUCAGGACUCCACUGUGAUACGCACUGCCCAAGAUCUCUUUGCUGUAAACAGUGAGGCGCCAUUUCCAGAUACUAGCCAAGGCCCACCAUGCAACCCACCAGUAAGAGUCAUUGUUAAAGACUCUCUCUUCUGUUCUUGCUUAUCAGACAUUCUGCACUUCAUUUAUUCAGGCGCUUUUCAAUGGGAAGAGCUGGAAGAAGAUGUAAAGAAGAAGUUGAAAGACCCCAGUGAUGUUUUAGGUGUAAUUGAGAAGGUUAAAUGUAUAUUGAAAACACCAGGGAAGAUGAAUUGCCUGAAGAAUUGCAGAUCCUAUCAGGCCAAAAGACCCCUAUGGCUUUAUAAUACUUCUCUCAGGUUUUUCUUUAAUACACCCAUGCUUGCUGAUGUUAUCUUCAAAAUCCAAGGCUCUACUGUGCCAGCCCACAGAGCUGUCCUGGUGGCUCGUUGUAAAGUGAUGGCAGCUAUGUUUAAUGGUAAUUACCUUGAAGCCAAUAGUGUGCUGGUUCCAGUUUACGGAGUUUCCAAAGAGACUUUCCUUUCCUUUCUAGAGUACCUGUAUACAGACUCCUGCUGCCCAGCCAGCAUUCUGCAAGCUAUGUCUCUCUUGAUUUGUGCUGAGAUGUACCAAGUAUCUCGACUUCAGCAUAUCUGUGAGCUUUACAUCAUUACACAACUGCAGAGUAUGCCCAGUAGGGAACUGGCAUCGACAAGCCUCAGUGUUGUUGGCCUACUUAAAAAAGCUAAGUUUCACAACUCUGAUUGCCUUUCAACCUGGCUCCUUCAUUUUAUUGCCACUAACUACCUCAUCUUCAGUCAAAAGCCAGAUUUUCAAGAUCUCUCAGAAUUCAUUAUCUUUCUGCUCACACCUACGCCUCUACCAAAGCUCCCUAUUGCUGUGGAAGGUGCCACCAUUCUUCUAGUCCUUCAGGUUGCAGAAGAACGCAGUUUUGUUGAGAUGCACAGAUGGCCAUCCAACAUAUAUUUGAAACAACUUGCAGAAUACAGGAAGUAUGUUCACUCCCGGAAAUGUCGUUGCAUAGUAAUGUAACUUGAAGAUUGUAUUUCUGUUUGCUUGUGGAGACUGGAAGAUCUGUGAGCACCAGUAAAAUUCUAGUGAGGACAGAAAUCGAUAACCCAGAUAUUCAACAAACAACCAUCCAGUGCAGUGUGUGCUUAUUAGUUCUCUUUGAGAUAGCCACUCUUGUGGUCUUAAAAGGGAUGCAAAUACACUGUAGGCUAGAAUAAGGUUUUAUCUCAGCCUAGAAAGCUGCUGUGCAGCCACUUCUUUUAAAAUGUUCUGUUGCUUCCAUAAUAUUGUGAAUUUCUGGGUAAGAAAUGUUUAAAUUAAUUUAGAUUUUGUAAAAAAAACAAUGGCAUAGUAUUAGUAAACUUAAAUUCCAUUAUAUCUAAUGGUCAGGUUAAAAUAGGGGACAUUGAGAAAAAGUCUUUGUAGCUAUUUCUGUAAUGGUAAAUUUCAAGAACCUCUGCCACCUUCCAGAUUGAGGCUGCCUUAAGAGCUGCUCCAGAGGUAUUGUCAUAUGCCUGAGAUUUUGAAAGUGAAUACUGCUUGUAUUCACAUUUGUGUCAAGUGAGCAUCUUGAAGGGAUAUUUUAGGUUUUUCUUCUCAACUACCCAACUUUUCUCUAACCUCUUUGCUAUCUCUUUGGACCUCUGGUGCUUCUAACUGGAUUCCUGAUGGAGCAGGGAAUAUAGCACUAUCUUUUGCUCAAAUAUUCCCUUUGUCAGAAGAAUCAUUCCAGAGAUAUUAAAAGGAGAGGGAGGGGGCAUGCUGGAUUUGCAUGGCAAGGGUUCACAUGAUAGGACAAUUACUUGAUUUUGGUAAGGUGCCACCUUCCAGGGGCCUGCUUUGCCAGGGCAGCCCAGGUCCACCAUUGGCAGGUAAGUAUGAGAGUACAGUGACCUGUUGAAGUUUUACAACUUCAUUUUUGUGUGUGCAAAUGACUCUAUGUUAUAUGGCCACAUGUGUGAUAUUGCUCAAAACAUCUAAUACUGGGAAGGUAAAGAGGUUAAAGACAUUUACAGGCAAAGAUACUUCCUAAUGUUUUCACUAAUAAACACUCAAAGGAUUUUUAAAAAUUGUAAAUAAUCCGCUAAGCUUGAGGUAUAACAGUGCCCUUCUCUAUGUGUAGUUCAGUACCAGGGCUCUGGUGACUGGAAUUCUUUGCCAAAAAAACCCCCAAAAAACCUAAGAAAGGCUGUGUGGUUGACUUUAAAUGGCCACGUGAACAGUAUUAUUAGGACCCUUUCACAAAAGUAUUCAGAAAAAUCAAAUAGUUCCAAGAAAGGGAUGCAAGUCAGAGGGAAGAUUCAGGACACACAUCCACUGAAACUGGAAGUAGGAGGGAAGGAAGAAUUGCUGUUUCAUUUCUAUCUUAAGUGUAUUGAUAGAUGUCUUGAUAAAACCCACAAGUUUCAAAGGAUCCACAUUGCUUUAUAUUGGUGGGCACAUUACUUUUUCGUCUCCUACAAUCUUUCUUUUAGUUUCCUUGUCUAUAAAUCAAGAAGACACCUUUGAACCUUUGUCAAGGAAAGUUUGAGUAUAAAAUUUGUAAAAUGGCAGAAAUCUAUUCCUUGACUGCGCAGGAUGUACAUUCUCCCAGUAGACAUCUAGCCAGCAAACUAGAUCUCAACUGGGCAGUGCCUGAGGAAAUGAUGGGCACACAUUUUGGGGCUAUUUUUUUCAUUGAAAUUCCUUGAGUUAAUCAGCCAUUGAGAAAUUCUCUUUUGGCAAGAAUCAAUGCAGGGAUAUAGAUAAUAGAUGUUUUUAGUCAAGGAUAGCAUUUCAUUCCUCAUAAGCACUUCCUUUCCUCUCAUACAAAUGGCAUCAUUUAUAAUUCUAAAUCAGUGGAUUUAAACUUAAGAAAAUAAAAUUUGUGUAUGUAGGUGAACAGAUGAAAUAAAAUUGUUCUUGGAAAAAUCUGGUUAUUUAAAUUGAACAGAAACAGCUAUUUAAUUAGUGUCUGAUCCUGAGCAGAAAGUUAGACUUGGAAGUGAAUUAUUAGUGUUGAGCAUGGGUUUUAUUAUGAAAAUGCUGUACCACCACCUUAUUUGGCUACAAUUCAGAAAUUCAAAUGAGACAUAUGCUCUCAAACUCAUGAGAUCAGUAACCAACUCAGUUUUUAAUUAGUCUGCUUGUAAGCUUCAAAUCCCUUUGGGAUUGUUUCACAGGAAAGUCUUGGGAGUUCUUAAAAGGUUGGGAAUAAAGCACAAGAAAAUUUAUUUGAAAAUGCCUGUAAGAGAUUUUGAAGGAAAUGAGUGUUACUCAAAAUAAAUUCUAGCUUGUGUGUUUGUGCACAUGUAUGCAUGUGUUUGUGUGUAUGACAGUUAUUUAGUUAAAUAGGUGCUUUGAGCUAAUAUCUGCUUCUCUUAGAAUAUAUUUAACAACCAUUUUAAUUAGAGGAGAAAAUGCUUUAUACAGAAAGACUGAGGCCUUUUCUUUCUGGUCCAGGCCCAUUCUAUUUAAUUCUUUGUGUGCUCCUAAUUACAUUGUGUUCAUAUAGUAAGGAGAUUAGACUUGAAAUGCAGAAUUUUUAGUAACAGUAUCUGAAUACAUCAGCAUAAGAUACUUGAUCCUAAACAGUGGAGUGCUUUUGUAUUAGGUAACAUAAGAUGUUCCCUUUCAGGUCAAAUUUAACAUUUCAGUUGUUGCUAAAUACAUACACACUGCACUCACAGUAGAGUAGAUCAAAAGGUUUUUAAAGAGUUAUUUUUAUUUCAUUAAGGCAUGUAUUGCAUUCAGACUUUUAAUAAUUUCACAAAUAGAAGGGUAUGUUUGUCUUUUAAUAUAGCCUGACUUGAAUUUAUAUGUUUUUAGCUUUAGUAUUUAACAUUUUGUAACAAAUAAACUUUUU